GCGGAUAAUUGCUGUACAUUCUUUGUAACACUUUCCUUCCGCCGAAAGUUCUGACUGUUUUAUAAUAGGCCUAAUUUUCGUGCUACUUUUCGUACGUUCGACACUUCGAGUUGUGGAGAUAUGUAAUGCUCACAAACUGUUCGAAUUUUUCUGGUCGGUUGCCUGCAGUUGGUUUGUUGGGUUUGUAUACAAACAGUUUUACAAAAUUUGUUAAUUGGGGAAGCUUUAUUCAGCUGUCAACCGGCUCAGCUGAUCUAGUAAACAAACCGCUGGCAUCAUCUGUUUUGGCAGUUUUUGCCGCUAUAAACAACACAAGAAAAUACCGGUAAACUUCUUUUACAAAAUCAGUAUCUAAAUCUGUGAUGUUUAGUGAGCUUUGUGUGUGUGAUCGAUAAACAUAUUAGAGACAGUUGUCGCUACGGCUAAUUCUACUUGUGUGCUGCCUUGAAGAAGAUGACGGACUUUUGUGAACUUACGCUGCACCGCAAAGGGUUUUAUGGUGUCGACUUUAGCAAGGAUUUCGACCGCAUCAAGUGCGUUGUGUUUGAUAUGGAGGGACUGUGGAUGGAAGAGCUGCCCGUGCCAACGCUGAUCAAGCGCCAGAAAGAACGAAACCCAACCAUGGACUGUACGGAGGCACUGAUCGAUCAGACCCUUCUUGAGGCCGGUUGCAGUGGCAUCUACAGCGCAACCAUUGCCGAAGCGGGUGUCCACUUUACCGCAAAAUACUAUCUGGAAAAUUACCCAAUCACGUUUCAGUUCUUUCUCGUGCCCGCACGGGCGCAAGAAAUUUCCUGUCACUACAUCAAACCGCUGUGGCGGACGGUGCUUUUGCAGUACGCACAAAUACGAGCCCUCGCGGAAGAGCUGAAACGCAAGGAUGUAGAAAUUGCCCAGUACCAGGCGGAAGGGGCUCGGCUAAACAGGACCAGCGUCCAGACGGUCCCGUUCGAUGAGCAAACGUUCCGGCACGAGUUUCCCAUGAAGCUGCCCAAACAGUCCAUCCGAAUAGAGAACCUUUUGGAAAGUAGCGUUCAUCGUGGUAGGCUGAUGAAAACGCUGGACAUUGAAGAGACCGGUAUGGAUGGUUCGGCAAAGAGCAAGGCUAGACUGUCGAUUCCUACCACACAGUCGAGCAGUUCACCUUCGAGGCGGAGGAAGAAACGUGCGAGAAUUUUAGCGCCCACCGACCUUACCAAACAAAACAUUGAGUACGACAACGAAGAGGAUGAUUCGUAGGAGCAGCAGCACAGAACAUUCGCUAGGAAUGAUUGAUCGAAAUGCAUUACCCGGGCGCUCGGGUCGAAUUUCUCGCGUUUGGGUGGAUAUUCGAUAUCGAACGAUUUGUAAGUCAGUAGCAAAUCUUAUCAAGCACUAUAUUGUUUAAACUAGUACUAAUCUUACCCCACACUGUCUGGCUUAUAUAAGAUGCACAGUGCGUGUUCACCCAAUUCAGGCCAACUACGAUUUUGUAUGUGUUUUGGAGCUAAAACACCAGUUAUUUCUUUAUAAAGUGUCCCCAAUUUAAUGCCUGUUAUUAGUUAUAAAUGUUAAAAAUCACAUUUAUACUAAAUGAAUAGAAGAAAGAGAAUAGAAGGGAGAUGAAUGAAUAGAAGGUAGAAGAAAACCAUUAUAGGCUUUUUAUAGCUGUAGAAGAAGGACUGGCAAUUAGAAGAGAAGUCCGUGAAGAUGAAAAUAUUUUCAACAUUUCAGAUGACCGGAAUUGACUGACAUGUACUGCUUAUUUGUGUUAUCUUUGUAUGAUUAUUUCAAUUUCAUUUUAAGACUUUUUUUAGCAAAAUGUUCAUAUUUAAGACUCGUUCUAAAUACUAGUGAACAAUAUUGUGUCCCAUUAAUCAGUCACGUGUAAUCGAUAAUCGAUAAUAAUCGAGUCAUAACAAGUUCUGGAAGCUUUAGUCUACUCAAUCUGUAGAAGUUUAUCUAAGGGAGUUUUUCCAUUAACAAAAAAUGACCAAAAUACUUAAAUUUUAAAUACAAAAAAUCUAAACAAUGUUUUUUGGCAGCUAUUUGAAUGAUUUAAGUUAAAAACUAGCUCUAUUCAAAAACAUUAUUUUUUUAUCUUAAUUUUUCCCCCUUAACCGUUCCCCGCUGUACUCUUGUUUAAUUCAGGAUGAAAAAUUAAUUCAUUUUUGAAUUUUUUUUUUUUCACUAACAAAUCAGUAAAUUUUUCAUAUGAAUAUAAUAAUUAUUUUUUAGUCGAUACAGGGUUUGCACGAUUUAUUGGUAGGUUCCCAUCAAAUUUUGGUGGGUUCCCAUAUUUCUUCUCCGGCCGUUUCCCGGAAUUUUUUGGUCCAAUUGUAUUGAUAUCCAAUCGGAAAAUACCAAUAAGUUAUGGGAAGGAACCAAAAAUCUAUG